AUCAUGGAAAAACAAAAUAGACAAAUGAAUGCUCCUUACCCAGGAACAAAUUUACCACCUGAAUAUCUCCCUCAAUAUCCUUCAGCAGCACUCCAAGGACCUCCAGGAUAUACUGCCUACCCUGUCCCCCAGGUUGGCUAUCCUGGCCCCCAGGUUGGCUACCCUGGCCCCCAGGCUGGCUAUCCUGGCCCCCAGGCUGGCUAUACUUGCCCCCAGGCUGGCUACUCAAUUCCCCCAGCUGGUUAUUCAGAUGCUUGCCCAGCAGACUUUCCUGUCCAACACCAGCCAGUAUAUAAUCAGCCAGGUGGACAUGCAGGGGUACCGUGGAUGCCAGCACCACCACCUCCAUCAGGCUGUCCCCCUGGAUUGGAAUAUUUAACAGAUCAGAUACUGGUUCAUCAGCAAGUUGAGCUUCUGGAAGUUUUAACAGAUUUUGAAACUAAUAACAAAUAUGAAAUUAAGAACAGCUUUGGACAGAGGAUUUACUUUGCAGCAGAGGACACGGAUUGCUGUACCUGAUAUUGCUGUGGGGCUUCUAGGCCUUUUGCUAUGAGGAUUGUUGAUAAUAUGGGCCAAGAAGUUAUAACUCUGGAGAGACCACUAAGGUGUGGCCACUGUUGUUGCCCUUGCUGCCUUCAGGAGAUAGAAGUCCAUGCCCCUCCCGGUGUACCUGUAGGUUAUGUUACUCAGACCUGGCACCCAUGUCUUCCAAAGUUUACAAUUCAAAAUGAGAGGAGAGAGGAUGUACUAAAAAUUACUGGUCUGUGUGUUGUGUGCAGCUGUUGUGCAGAUGUUGAUUUUGAGAUUAAAUCUCUUGAUGAAGAAACGAUAGUUGGCAAGAUUUCCAAGCAGUGGACUGGUUUUGUUAGAGAGGUGUUUACUGAUGCUGAUAACUUUGGUAUCCAGUUCCCUGUAGACCUUGAUGUGAAAAUGAAAGCUGUAAUGCUUGGUGCCUCUUUCCUCAUUGACUUCAUGUUUUUUGAAAGGAGUGGAAACAAAGAAUAA